AUGACUAUCACCGGAAGCUGCAUGUGUGGUGGCAUCACUUACGCCAUUGAAGCCGACAGCUACCUAGCCGCAUUGUGCCAUUGCACCGAUUGCCAAAAGGUAAUUGAUCCAGCCCUACUUACUAUAUCCCUUACUAUACCCCAAAGAAAAAAACAUCAGAAAGUUAACCAAAACCAGUGGACCGGCGGAGCCUUCACCUCCAACGCCGUCGUUCCCCGCACCAGCUUCAAAGUGACAAAGGGUAAGCCCAUCAAAAAGCCAGAAAGUCCAAUCCAUCUCAUGCAAACAGGAACUCCUACCACCUACGACGUAACCGGUGCCAGUGGCAAGAUCAACAAGCACUUCUUCUGCUCAACCUGUGGUUCUAGUCUUUAUACCGAGCUGGAAGUCAUGCCUGAUAACACUGUAGUCAAGGCUGGUGGCUUGGAUGGGGGUGAGGCUAAUUUGCGUGGAAAGAUUGAUGUUGAGUUCUACGUCAAGGAUCGUCCUAGUUACCUUGCUGCUGUUGAGGGGGCUAAGCAGGAGCCUAUGUUUGGUUAG